GGUGCUAUUAGCAACAUCGUCAACAUUAGGACACUCAUCCCACUUGGGAUCUCAGACGGUGUGAACAUGUCUCUGCUAUCACUGGCCUUGUUCGAUCUCUUGUAUCUGAUUUGUGCGUUGAUCAACGCCAUCUGUUUGCUGCUCCACUGUGUUGAGGAACUCUCAGGCUACAAAGUGCUGUUCCCCGUUGAUCCGGAAGCCAUCUACAUGGUCAUCAUCAACGCCGGAAGUGGCUUCUACGCCAUCUCAAUGCUGGUGACAACGUUCAUCACCGUGGUCCGAUGUCUGGCCGUGGCCCGCCCUUUACAAUACAGAAGUUUGAUCUCGUGGCGGACCACGGCCCUCAUCAUAUCAAUAUUUACCCUUCUGAGCAUCACGUCCGCCAUUUUAAUGAUGGCUUUUCUGGGGAUUCUCCCCCAAUUCGACUCUAAAACCAACACAACAAGACCAACACUGUGGCUCUCACCACAACGCGUGGUCAUCAAAGACGUCAUUUUUGGAAUAAGAGACAUGAUCUUACCGCUGACGUCUCAAAUAAUAGUUGGUAUUUGCGUGGUCAUUAUGGCCAGAUACCUACGGGAAGCUUCUAAUUUUCGUCAAAAUAUUGCUCGAAAUAUUUAUAUGGAAACCAUAACAAGUAUUUCUACGCGUGCUGAUGCCCUUACAAGAAAUUUAAAAACUCUAGCUAGCACUCCUGCAUCAGCCAAGGUGGUUGUCAAAGAAAUUCAAGUCGUUCAACAGAUGCUGCUCAUAGCCGUAGUCUACAGUUUGUGCAACAUGCCAAAAGUUGUCUUCAAUAUGACACAACUUAUUGUACCCGACUUCUACAGGGGCAGACGCUACAGUGCUGUUUAUUUAACGUGCAAUUUUAUAAGAGAAUUAAUUCAGUCGGUGAACGCCAGCGUGACCAUUUUCAUUUACUGGAAAUAUAAUUCAAAGUUUAGGAGUCACUUCGUUCGUACCAAAUAA